UUAUCGCUACCGGAACGCUUCCUCACAAUCAGCGGAUGACUGUCACUUUUAUUUUACCACCCUUGUGCGUGUGCGUCAGUGCUUGAAGUAAUAAACCUGGCCCUCGAGCGUUUAACGUGGACCAGGCUUGAAAAGAACGCUGGAACAAACGAUAACAAAUUCGUUUCCUGUCUUCUAUUUCUAUAUAAUCUUCUAUAGUCUUCUAUUUCUAUAUAACGAAUGGCAGAUGAUAAAAAUCGCCGGAAAUCGUCGAGGAACGCCGUCUUCGCCGUACGUAAAUAGUUCACCGAAGAAUUCCAUUGGAAAAAUUUCGAGAAGACCACCUCGUCUCGCGAUGAACGACGAAGAGAAGAAACCUUCUCUCGCGACGCACGCGAGAACACAAAGUCAUGACUGAGAAGACCGAGAUUCUCGAUUGACACGUUUCAAAUUUUGACGUUGACAUCUCGAAGAGACUAAACGUACGCGAGCCAAGAUGAACAAGGAGGACAGCAGUGGCGAGGGAAAAUCGCAGGCUUCCACGCCGGAUACUCCGCCAACGAAAGAUCCGAACGCGGACAUCUACGAGAAUCGCGGGCCUAAGAAGAUCAUCCGCGUGGUCACCGUGAUGGCCUACCUGUUCUCGGUGAGUUUUGUGGGUAUUCUCUUGAGCGCCUAUUACAUAUUCCUAUGGGAGUCGCCGAAUUUGAGGCUCAUACAGCGAGAACGUCUGCGAACAGAUCCGCAAUUGCAGUACCUGGUCGCGCCACCCUCGGAGGAGCCAGACCUGGCGAAGAAAGACAGCAGCUUCCCUCCGCAGAGCGAAGUCAAUCACGUACACAAGCUUUUUCUAAAUCGCAUGGCGCAAGACGUGUACGACGGCGAUGGUUCCGCUGUCGAUUCCCGGGAUGAAGUAAAUUUCCAAGAAAACCGAAGACUGAACGCGUUAUUGCGGAAGCUGAGACAGUUGCUCGUAAGCGCUCAACGGAAUCGAAAUUCGUCGCGAGAGACAGCGAUUGCCAGCGAACUUAACAAUUCAUUCGUCAAAAUGAAAAACGUGCUUAACACGACGGUGAGUCCCGCGAACAACACGAUCUCGCGACACGGUGAAUCGCGUGGAAACGUAUCCAAAGAAAAGACUCAUAGUGAUAAUGCUGAUCUAUCUGUAAAAUUUACGGAUUCCGUAAGUACGCUAAAUAUUGAAAGCACGCCUUCCACAUCGACGUUCAUGACUAUUUCUGGAACCGAGACGAGCCAGAGAUAUUUCCAUAGAGAUUCUGUUACCGACGUCAAUCCAAUUAUUGAAGAAAAGAAUCGAUAUCACAAAAAGAAACUCGAUGCCGUUGAAUCGUAUCUUGUUCCCGGAUUCAGCAACGCGACGGCAAACAGCGAUGUUAGGAAUAGCAUCGGUCGACGCGACGUGUUUGGGGAUAACAAUUCUUCCAAAGUAAUCCAAAAAUUCCCGAAGACCAUUGGGAAGGAAUCGAUGAAACCAAACGGGACUGACGAUCACCGAUUGAUCAAUAACGAUCGGAAAAAUGAUCUGGGAAACAUACAAAUGAACGUUUCGUUGGACGAACGCGUAAAUGGCAUUAAGAAUUCUCGAGAAAAUUAUUCCAGUGACAACGAGUACUCGAAAGACCAAAUCGCGCGUGAUAGAGUAUCGAUCGACCUGUCGUUCCGCGACACGGGAGUCACUGACGAUCCGGUACUCCAUCAGACGCCGGAUGACCCGACCGCCGUAAAAUCACGACCACUCAUCAUGGGGACAAAAAAUUUUGAAGAUGCUGCUGGAAUCGUUUCUACAUGUUCACAAACCACAAAGCGAGCUUGGCUUUAGUAAUAACAUACAAUUUUAAUGAUAAAUAAUAUGCCGGUAUAUCUCAAAAUUAAAUCGAUAAGUAUGAUGCAAAAUAAAUAAAAUUUUUAAUAAAAUUAUUUUUUUUGUACGUUUGCGUGACAUAAAACUUCAGAUGAUGGAUUGUAUGAAUUAAUGCUUUUGCAUCUGCUGGAACAUCUGUUGUAAUUUAUGUUCGCGCUGGUCUCAUCAAAGUAUAACUGUUGACUAGACUAAACAAAUAAGUGAAGCAUUCGGUUGUUCUGAAAUUCCGGAAUUUAUACAAAAUUAAUUUAUCGUAAUUUAUACGGAGAAAAAAUUAAGAUUAUUUCAACAGAAUAAUAACGUUAUUUUCGCUUAUCUGUAAAAGAAUUAUUGGUAAUCUAGAAGCGACCUAUAUAGUUAUUCCAGUGAAGUUGCUAUGGAUGUUACAUAAUUUAAUUGUAAUUACACAAUAUAAGUAUAUUAUUAAAUGACGAUGAUAGCUAUUAGAAAUAUAAUAGAAUCUACUCACACGUAGUUCACUUAACAGGAAAUUGAUGGCAGAAACAGAGCAGCUGUAUAUGUAAUUUAGCAGUUUGAUGCAAACUGGCAGCAGAAAUCGAACAGAAUCUGUCGCUAAUUUGCCAACAGAUUAGCUUAGGUCAUAUCGACAAAUUCUACCGCAAGAAUACGAGUUUUUAAUGCGAAAUUGUUACUAAUCUGUUGGCAUAUUCUAAACAUUUCGUUGACGGUGAAAUAAAUAAUAUACACAAGAAUUGCAGUAACACACAUUUUAUUUUGUGUGUGAAAAUUCUUCGCAAGAUAUUACUGUUGUCUAUUCUAUUACUGGAAUCGAAUUCUCAGAGCUGUACGGUGCAACCAUAAUUUACAGACCUCUCAAUCAUAGCUAUUUGUUCUGCAAACCACGUUAUAGAGAUAACAAUGGGGCAAUAUAUGAACAUAUUCUAACUGAAUGUUACUUGUCAUAAGAAUUACAAUUGUGACACUCUUAUACGUAGGUAUUCAAUGUAC